GGGCUGGCGGCAUGGACGUCGGGUUCACGAGAGCCGGGUUCAAGGUGCUGUGGGCGGCGGAGAAAGACAAAGCCGCCUGCGACACUUACAACCACAACGCGGAGGUGGCGGUAUCCAGGCGAUCGGAUCUGCGGACAUUUGACUUCGACGAGCUGCGCCGAGAGCUGCCAGGGCCUGUAGAUUGCCUUUUCGGCGGCCCGCCCUGCCAACGCUUCUCUCGCUCUCGCAAGGGGAAGAUGCGGCUGGAUGACCCCAGGAACGAGCUGGUCGAUGUCUUCAUGGAUGCGGUCGACAAGCUGCGGCCGCGCAGCUUCCUCAUGGAGAACGUGGACAACUUGGGCACCAAUCCUCUCUUCAAGCCCAUUCUGGACAAACUAAUCGAACGCGCGCAGAGCUUGGGGUACGCCUGCCAGUACAGUAUGCUUAACACCCACAACUUCGACGUCCCCCAAUCGAGAAACAGGUUGAUUUUUGUCGAGUUUCGCGGCACCGCGGUGCCCGUCCAAUAUUUCCACGAGCUGGUUGAAUUCAGCCGCCAAGGGCAGACGUGCGGAGAGGCCCUCCAGGACAUCGGCAGGGCUGGCACGCCGUCCAACCCGGCAACAUGCAAUGCGAAGAUCGUACUUUGCAAGAACCCAGUGCUCCGGGAGAGCGCGUACUCUGGCAGCUUGCUCUUCAAUGGGAGCGGCCGUCCCCUCAACUUGCAUGCGGUGCUCGUGGAACGCAACAAGCGAGUGGCUCAGGAGCUGACUCCUGAGCUGACCAGCGUCCUGACGUGCGCGGCGAAUCCGCGCGCCCACCUCAAAAAGAUCAAGGGCAAGCUGGGUGUGAGCGAGCUGGCUCCUGAGCUGAACAGCGUCCUGACGCGCGCGGCGAAUCCGCGCGCCCACCGCAAAAAGAUCAAGGGCAAGCUGGGUGUGAGCGCGGCCGCUCGCAUCUACGGCCUCGUCGCCGAGCGCGAAAAGCCCGAUUCCUACGACAGCGGCCCCCAGACAAAGCGCCGCCUCGAGGGCGUCUGGGCGAGCCGCGCCGCGCUCCUGGAUGCAUACGCGGUUGCUUGGGUCGCGCCAGAGUCGAUGAGGAGGCUGACAGUCACGGAGGCUGCUCGUCUUCAGACAUUUCCCCACGACUAUGCUUUCAAAGGCAGUAAGUGCGCGGCCUACACGCAGAUCGGGAACGCGGUCCCGUGCAAUUUUGCGUAUGCGCUCGCCCGGGCCGUCGCCAAGGUGCUGCGAGACACUGCCCCAACGCCC